AUGUCCGCAAAGGCAGCCCUGAAGGCUGUCAAGGCAGCGCUAGACUCUAAGGAUUUUGAGCUGGCAGCUAACAAAGCGAAGCAAUUAAUCGAUCGGGAGCCUGCCAAUUAUCAUGCGCAUAUCUUUCUAGGACUGGCGCAGGAUAAGCUCGGUAAUGCUGACAGAGCUGAAUCAUCGUACGUUGCAGCAUCUCGCAUCAAAGACAAUGAAAAGACCGCAUGGCAGGGACUCGCAAGCCUGUACGAGAAACAGGGGAGUAAUAAACUAGACGCAUAUCGUGAAGUGACUUUAAAAUUAGGACAGAUCUUUGCAGAAGGUGACGAGCGAGACAAAUGCGUCGACGUUGUGGAGAAGUUCGUUAAAUUUGUCCGAGAGAACGGAAAUCGUGUACAACGGAAGCAAGCUUUACAUCUCCAACUUCCAACAUGUCCUCUAUAUCCGUCUUUGGAGGGAAGAGUCCCGCAUCCGGCGGAUACCUACUCGAGACUGAUAGAACUUACCGAGGCCGAGGAAAAGGAAUAUAUCAAUCGUGAAAUUGGCGAAAGGCGGACCCGCCUUGGUGCAAGAAUUGACCAGGUCACUGCAGAAGUCAAGCUUGAGGCACUUAGCAAUACAGAGCUGGACGAAUACUACAGGGGUCUGAUCGACUGGACUACCGACGAUGGGGUUAGGCAUCAAAGUGAGGAGCGACUGCUGCAGCGAGCAUAUGACUUGCUCCUAGUCCUUCCUCAAAACCAAAAAUCUGGACAACGGGAUAACGUGAUUCGCUCUGCACGAGAUAUGGUUAUAAUAAAACACCCGUUCAACCUGGCAUGGAGGAUUGAGCUUGAAUGGAAGGAUGUCGAAGACUUUGCUGACUGGGACCCUAUUCUCCUUCGUGAAUACACGGAAUUCUUCCCAGAAGAUGGCGUGAGCAAGGUGAUACAAGGUUUUUUGAAGAGCGAUCUUUCACCGUUCCCGUCCGAGACGGAGAUGCAGGAAUCUACUCAAACCGAAUCUAGUAGUGAGGAUGCAGAUAUGACUGUAGAAGACCGCUUGAUUCUCAUGUCCGAUGGCCUUGAACAAUCGCCAGAUUCCAUUAUAGCUCAUCGAGUUAUGGCCCAGCUGUACCUGAAUUUAGAGGAAUAUGCAAGUGCGGUCGAUGUUGCGCGAAAGGGCAUAUCAAUCAUCGAAGGUGCUACUCGGAAAACGGGUUUAAGCCUUGGUGGCACAAUCGAUUACGUGAAAAUUACCUUAGCAACGGCACUCAUUUCAUAUCAGGCACCUCGCAAUCAUCCCGAGGCGAAAGGUAUUUUUGAUAGCAUCUUGGAACGAAACCCGAGAAACACAAACUGUUUGCUAGGCAUCGGUUUGAUCCUACAAGAAGAUCACAAUUAUGAGGAAGCAUUCGAGUUUCUACGGCGGGCUCAGGAGCGCGAUCCAUCCAAUAUCAAAAUUCAAUCAGAGUUAGCUUGGUGCACGGCGCUCAACGGAGACCUUGAGACUGGCCUGGCAAUGCUACAAGCCGUGCUCACGGAAAUAGAAGACAGCAAAUCACAAAGUCGAGAGUUCAAGGCGGAGAUACUCUAUCGAAUCGGUCACUGCCAAUGGGAAUUAGAGCCAUCUAGCGCGUCGCGAAAGAAUCGCAAUGGGGCAUAUGCUAGCUUCCUAGCCUCAGUUCAGUCUGACCUGAAUUAUGCACCGGCGUAUACUAGGCUGGGGAUAUUCUAUGCUGACUAUAAGAAAGAUAAAGCUCGAGCAAGACGAUGCUUCCAUAAAGCUUUUGAGCUGUCCUCAUCAGAGAUCGAAGCUGCGGAACGGCUAGCAAAAUCUUUCGCUGAUAAACAGGAGUGGGAUCUGGUUGAAGCAGUUGCUCAGCGAGUGGUUGAUUCCGGAAAGGCAACUCCUGCACCGGGAUCUAAACGCAAGGGUCAUAGUUGGCCAUACGCAGCAUUGGGGAUUGUGCAACUGAAUAAGCAACAGUACACCAAAAGCAUCGCAUCUUAUCAGGCAGCUUUACGUAUAUCUCCGAAAGAUUACCAUUCAUGGGUCGGUCUUGGUGAAAGCUAUCAUAAUUCCGGCAGGUAUAUUGCUGCCACCAAAGCUUUUGAGAAUGCCGAGGCAUUAGAGAACAAUCUUUCUAAGAAUGAUAAUGGCAAUGUUUGGUUUUCGAAAUACAUGCUUGCCAAUGUCAAGAGAGAAUUGGGAGAAUAUGAAGAUGCAAUCAGAAGAUAUGAGGAUGUUCUCGCCAUUCGCACUAAAGAAUUCGGAGUGGUGAUUGCACUUUUACAAACAUUAACGGAAAGUUCGUGGAAGAAUCUCGAACUAGGUUUAUUCAAUGAUGCAGCGAAGUCUGCACGAAAAGCUUUGGAUAUAUCCGGUUCAAUGGCGAAGGAGACGCCAAAUGUAUUCAAUUUGUGGAAAGCGGUCGGUGACGCUUGCGCCAUUUUCUCUUACAUCAAAGCAAAAUCAGGACAUGUCUCUGCCUUAGAACUACGCUCCCUCCUAAUCACCGAAGGAAUAGACGGCGCGUAUGAUCUACUUACCGACACGGAUGACGUGGGGAAAGAUCAUGCGCUAUUUGAGAUUUCCAAGGAACGUCAAGCACCCUUAUCCGACGCAUGCAUAUACGCCUCUAUCCUGGCGUACAAACGAGCGGUGUAUGUGUCUGCACACGAUAUUCAUGGUCAAGCCGUCUCUUGGUACAAUUUAGGAUGGGCCGAGUACAGAGCUUACAGAUGUAUUGAGGGUGGAAAUGACAUUAAAAAGGAGAAGCGGCAAACGAAGAAAUUCCUCAAAGCAGCCAUCCGAUGCUUCAAACAAGCCAUUGAGUUGGAGGCAGGGAACUCUGAAUUCUGGAACUCACUGGGAGUGGUAACAUCUUCGCUCAGUCCGAAAGUUGCUCAGCAUGCGUUCGUACGCAGUCUACAUCUGAAUGACCGUAGUGCGCAGAACUGGACGAAUCUCGGGGCUUUUUAUCUGAUCAAUAAUGAUCUUCAAUUAGCAAAUGAGGCUUUUACUCGUGGACAAUCUGCCGACCCUGACUAUGCUCCAGCGUGGCUGGGUCAAGGUGUUCUUGCCCUUCUCUUUGGGGACCCAUCAGAAGCAAGAGCUUUAUUCAGACACGCAUUUGAAAUUUCUACAUCAUCGUCAACAAUAACCAAGAAGCAAUACACGCUAAGCCUAUUUGAUUGUCUUCUUGAAGACGCUUCGAUAUCCAACGAAUUAUCGCACUUGAUUCAGCCUUUCUUUGCACUCCAGCAAUUGCACUUUCAAGAACCAUCCGCGCUCUCAUUUGAGCAUCUUUCCGCCUUGUUUGCAGAGAGAACAGGCGAGUUUUCGCAGGCCGAGUCUGCUCUUGACGUUGUUUGCGCUGGGGUAGAAGCUGAAUACGAAAUAUCUGAGUCGUCAUCAUCCCUGAUACGGUUUGCACUUUCAAAUUCGGACAUUGCCCGUGUACAUUUUGCCAAUCACGAAUACGAAAAAGCUGCCGAGAAGGCUGAAACGGCACUGAGCUUGUCUGGAGAGGAUGACCUAAUGACACUUGAACCAGAGCUUGUUACAAGGCUUCGCUUAUCAGCACAUCUCACCGCUGGUCUGGCUUAUUACUACUUAAAAUCAAUGGAUCAGGCCAUCGAUAUGUUCCGUGAUGCUCUCGAAGAGGCAGAAAAUGACCCUCAUGUAGUCUGUCUUCUUGCACAAGUACUGUGGGCGAAGGGCGGGGAAGAGGAACGAAACGUAGCUCGUGAGCAAUUAUUCGACUGUAUCGAAAAGCAUCCGGACCACGUCGCUGCUGUCACUCUACUGGGAGCGAUUGCACUCUUAGAUGGGGACCAGGAUGCUAUUGAAGCGGUUCAUGCCGACCUCGAAAUAAUGAGAACUAGAGAUGAUAUUGAGAUUCACGAUCGUACACGAGUCAUCAAGCUGCUCUCCGCGAUCUCCGCGAUGGGAUUUAGCGCAGAGAGCGACAUUCCGGAGGCAGAAAGACUAACUGUGGAGGCAUCCAAGGCUGUUAUGCUUGCGCCUGGACAACCGCAAGGCUGGAUGGAGCUUACUGCUGCUACAGGAGAAUUGCAUACCGCCACAAUGGCUGUGAAGACUGCCCUUCGAAACGUUCCUCCUCAAGGUGGAUUAAACGCUGCUGACCUGUGCCAAGCUUAUGUCCAGACAGGUACCAUUGGAGAUUCACUGCGAGCUAUUAUGAUUGCCCCCUGGAAAGCUGAGGGAUGGGAAGGUCUCGACGGGAGUCUGUCGGAUACUGCAUGA